AUGGUCACGGGCAAAUCGCACGCGGGCGUGGAGCCGCUGCACCCACUUCCGCCUCCGACUGCCCAGCCAGACGUCAUCGCAACCUCGCCGCCUUCGAAACGGGAUCUGGCUUCCUGGUGGAGGCAGUUCAAAAGGAACACUCGCAAGGAGGAACCGAAAGAGAAACCGCAGGGUAUCUUCGGCGUCCCGCUCAACGUCAGCAUCAAGUACGCCAAUGUCGCCAUUUCGCUGACCAACGAUAACGGAGAGAGCUUCAUCUACGGCUAUGUGCCUAUCGUGGUGGCCAAGUGUGGAGUGUUCUUGAAGGAGAAAGCGACCGACGUUGAGGGUAUCUUUCGUCUCAGCGGGUCUGCCAAACGCAUCAAGGACCUUCAAGAGGUGUUCGACUCCCCCGAGCGAUAUGGCAAAGGCCUCGACUGGACGGGAUACACAGUGCACGACGCAGCCAACGUGCUGCGACGCUACCUGAACCAACUACCAGAGCCGAUCGUCCCCUUGGACUUUUACGAACGUUUCCGCGAGCCGCUCCGCACCUACCAAAGACAAGUUCAAGAACAAAUGCAGAACAAUGCCCCUCCCAACGAGUCGGAGGCCUUUGAUCAUGCGAAGGCCGUUGCCGCGUACCAACAGCUGAUCCGCGAGUUGCCCCCUCUGAACAAGCAAUUGCUCCUCUACAUUCUGGAUCUUCUCGCGGUUUUCGCAUCGAAAUCGGACCAGAACCGCAUGACCUCCGCCAACCUGUCCGCUAUUUUCCAGCCCGGGCUGCUGUCGCAUCCGCAACACGACAUGUCGCCGGACGAAUACAAGCUGAGCCAGGAUGUGCUGAUCUUCCUGAUUGAGAAUCAGGACCAUUUCUUGUUCGGAAUGAACGGGACGGCUGCUGAUGAACAAACACUCAAGGAGGUCGAAGGAGGUGUGACGCGCCGGCCCACUACUCAUUCCACCAACAUCCGCCGCUCCGUCUCGAGUGCUAGUGGCGGCGGGGAGAGCUUCCGCAAGUACGAAAGCCUUCGCAGGAAUGUGUCUGUCUCGUCGCGGAAUUCGCGCAACUCGAACAACGCCAGCCCGGCGACGCCACCCUCGAUGAGUGGAGCGGGUAUGUCCCCGGCCAUUCCUCCCCAUCGCUAUGGACGGGUUGUUGAGUCGACCGGGUUGAACUCGUCGAAUCGCACCUCCGCGCAACAUUCCCGAUCGUCCAGCCGUGCGCCACCCACGGUUGAGGAGGAGGACAAAACCCCGUCCAGCACCUCCAGUACUACCAUCCAAUCACCACCUAACGUUACCACCAUUAAUAACACCCAGCCCUCUCCUGUCCCUCCACCCAGCGAAGCGCAGCCUGCGUCUAGGCCGCCCAUCCCUGCGCAGCUCAUGCCAGGCCGGCCUCCCCGCAAGCUGUCGAGUUUCUUCUCCAAAUCACCACCGCCGAGCGGAGAAGGCCGGGAACCCCGACAGCCGAAUCGGUUGAAGAAGAAACGAAUUCCCGGCAGCGCGAGCGAGAGUGCGCAGAGCUCUUCUCAUUCGCUGCAAGCCGCGACAUCCGAGCCUGGGUUGGCCGCGAUUCUGCAUGGGCCUCGGUCGACGGAUGCUGGCAAUGAGGUGGGCGGUGCAACUCCUCGUCCUCCCCAAACCACUAGUUCCGAUGAACUGAGCCCACCGCGAGAAGGUCGGCCCGAAAAGCAGGCUUCGCAGACUGAGGGCGGCCAGAUGGGCGACACCUCGCUCCGACCCUACGGAUCUCGCACCCCGUCGAUGAACUCCCGGUCGUCGUUCACGGACUACUCGGAUGUAGAUGCGGCGGAAGAGGCGUCGCGCGCAGAACGCAAGGAACACCGCCGCAGCUGGCGAUUCCCACGGUCGUCCAAGCGCAGCAAUGAGCAAAUUGGCCUGGGCUUGGGUUCGCCCCCGCUCAUGGCGUCGACUCCGGGCGCAGACCGGAGUACCAGCUCGAUCGGCAGCUGGCACCAUGCCAGCAGGAGCUCCCCGUCAGACCUGCAGCAGUUUGCCAACGACCCGAGCUACCAACCAUUAAGUCUCGACGCCGAAGUCAGCAACCCCGGGGGCUCGCGAGAAGCGUCGUUGGCGUCGGAGCCGGAAAAGCGUAGUCUGUUUGGGAAAUUCAAAGCCAAGGUUGCUCAAGUGCGAGAUGGCGUCAAGGAAUCCACGGAGCGCGAUCGCACGCGCAGUCCUGUGAACGACGCGGAUUCGAUUAUCUCAACGCAACUGCUCUCACCUUCAGCUACAGAUGUGCGACACCGACCGGCACCGAUCGAUUCGACUAGCCAGCCCAAGGAUGCGAGCGUCGGUUCUCCGGUGUCACCUCUGCCUGGCUCUGGACUCCCGCCACCGAUUCCCGAAGAGCCUCACAUGCCUGAGAGCCCAGUCAUGACGUCUGCUGUCCCUGCACCUGCUGCUGAGGCUUCCGUGGUCCCGGCCGCUUCCGAUGCCCCAGCUGCUGUUCCUACGGAGACCAGUUCCACUGAGCCUAGCACUGAGCCGAACACUGAGCCCAGCACCGAACCUGGCACUGAGCCAAGUACGGAGCCUAGUGCUGAGCCUAGCCUUGCGCCUGGCACUGACUCUAUGGUCUCCUCUCCUCCCUCACCCACAGCGACCGGAGCAAUGUCCGCUAUCCACGGCAACAACAACAACAGCAGCAGCAGCAGCAGCAACAGCAGCAGUAGCAGCAGCAGCAACAGCGGCGGCGGCCCCCCGCCGAUCCUCAAGUCCUCACCCCCCGUUCGCAUCCUCCCCUCGCAGCUCGCGCGCAUUUAUUCCUUCGCCCACCCCGCGGCCGUUCUCUUGGGAUUCGCCGUCCGCUUCCCUCAACUCGUCAACGAUCCCGUGUCGGAGAUGUUGAACGCGCUUCCGUUCCUGGCCGCCAGUCAGGUCGUGUUUGCGAUCAUCUGUCUCCCACCGGCGGGCGGGUCGCUUGACAACAACCCGGGCAGCAGCUCCUCCGGUGCGACCCCCUCCGGAACAAGCUCCAGCUCGAGCAACAUCAUUCUCCGUCCGGGACGGCCUGCGCGUCGCAAGGGCGGUGGUGGUGGAAGCGGCGGCGCGGGCGCGGGCGUAGGGGUGGGGGUGCUGGGUGGAUUGGGAGGGAAGGUUAUUCCUUCACUCCUCGCCCUCAUCCUGACGGCCCUCUUGGCCACCCCGGUUCUGGCCAUCCUCCUCGUUCUCUUCGGCGCCCCGUUCACCACGCAUCAUGCCCAGACGGCGCUCUGUGCGGCGCAUAUGGCUCUCCUGGCAGCCGUGCCCUUGGUUUACGUGCAUGGGGUUGAUGGGGCGGUCUGGAGGGAGGUCUGGGGCGCCGGUCGGCCGGCUGAUGCCGUGUGGGGGGCGGCGUUGGGGACUUGCGUUGGGGCUUGGUUGGGCGCGGUGCCUAUUCCAUUAGACUGGGACCGUCCGUGGCAAGCCUUCCCCAUCACCAUCCUGGCAGGCGCGUACUUGGGAUUCGCGGCGGGGACUCUUCUCGGCCGCACCAAGUGGGUGUACGGCAAGCGCCUGCGGUUCGCCGAGGAGGGCGAACUCGCGGACAAGAAAAAGGAAUAA